AUGAGCCCACCGAAACCAUUUCCGAUACUCCGUCUACCGUUUCUAGCCAUUGAAGAAGUUUUCAAAGCGAUGGAUCCAAUCGAAAUAAUAAACUUCUCAAUGAUUUCCAAACGAACCAAAGAAAUUGGAAAACGUAUGAGCUUCUAUCCGAACUAUGCUAUAGAACUUUAUGUGCAUGAAAUGCCGGAAAUCAGACUCCAUGGAACAAAGGAUGUGGUCUCAUCUUUUUAUGUCAUGACAUCAGAUAAAGAAAUGGAUGGAAAGAUUGAGGAGAAGGAAUGGGGUCGAUACAUUAUACGAAAGGUAUUCAAGUAUGACCCGAUUGAUGAAUGGAAACAGUGGUUCAAAUAUGUUAUGGAAAUAUUCAGGAAGCAGGCGAUUGACGUUUUAACAAUGACUUUGACGACAUUUGUAGAUCAAAACGUUUCGAUUAUUGAUUUCUUGAAGAGUAAUGUUAAGUCAGUAGACAGAUGCAGUCUAUACCAAAGGGAUGAACAGAUCAAUGUAGAUAAGCAUACUGCUUAUCUUCUCGAUAAUGUAAAAAUUAAUUCUGAGUUAUGCUACGAUGCAUACAUUAAUAACGACGAUUUCAAUCCAAAAAUUCCAAAAAGUCUGCAGGAGUUGCGUAUCUACAACUCGAAAUGGAUUGAAUAUGAAAGACUGUUGGAAAUAGAUUGUAAAAGUGUGAUUCUUAAGAAUAAUCCAAUUUCAAAUAAGGAAUGGAAUGUAUUCGUCAAGAAAUGGAGAGUGAUGGAAACGAAUCAAAAUGUGGAAUACUUGGAACUUGACUAUAGAGAAAUCAAAGAAUUCCAAGAGCUCGUAUUGCAUGAUAUACCACAUGAAGUGGUGGAUAGAGGAGUCAGACGAGUCUUAAAAACCAGGCGCAAUAAAACUAAAGAGAUCAGCGGAGGGAUCGACAUCAGACGAAUUGAUGGGAAAACUGCCACAUUCUUUGUGUACCAUACAUCUCGAAUCCAAUUUUUUGCGAUGAGUAUUCAUUGA